ACCUGAUAAACUCCACUCAUAAUCAACAAAUACCUACUACCCCCAUUAAUAACAUAACAUCAGCAGAUGUCCCGACUUGCUUGGUGGACAAUGACAAAAGGAAAGGUUAUGGAAGGCGUUUUCGGUAUGGAUAUAUCUUUUGUCUAUACAAUUGAUAUCAACAACUAACUAAAUCCCACAGCCAUUAAUAAACCCACCGGUCGUUCGUCCGCUCAAAUUGUUCGCGAUCUUCAAACUCACUUUAAUCCUUCCGAAUUAUUUGCGCCAUGGAUCCAAAUAGAAACCAGAGCUCGAGAAAAAGAACAACAUAAUCAAAGACAACGACGUAGGAAGUCAAAUAAGAAAGUACAGGUCAAGAUUGGUCAUGGAGGAACCUUAGAUCCAUUGGCUACAGGAGUGCUCAUUGCUGGUAUUGGAAAAGGCACAAAAGAAUUGGGGAAUUUCCUUUUAUGUACAAAGACGUAUGAGACGGUUGUGUUAUUUGGUGCCGCGACAGAUACAUAUGAUAAAGAUGGGAAGCUCCUGAGGAGAGCACCAUAUGAACAUAUCACCCGAGAAAUGGUUGAAAAGGGACUUGCUAAAUACCGAGGAAAGUUUAUGCAACUUCCACCAUUAUUUUCCGCUCUAAAGAUGAACGGCAAACCUCUUUACGAAUAUGCGCGCGAAGGAAAGGAAAUACCAAAAGAAAUCGAGAGGAGACCGGUUGAUGUUUCAGAACUGGAAUUGCUAGAGUUCUAUGAAGGUGACGAACAUCAAUGGAAAGCGCCAACUGAAGAAGCGGGGUAUGCGGAAGUCAAUGUUGCGGCUAAAUUGUGGAAGCAGGAGAAGGCUGAACCGGCUACCAAUGGAAAGGAUGUAGAGAAUGAGAGAGCAUUGGAGGAUUUUGAGAGCAGAAAGAGGAAAAUGGGUGAUGAUCAGGAUGAUUUAGUUGUGGAAAGACCAGUAAAGAAAACCAAGGAAACGGCCGAAGAGGAAAAGGACGAUGUGAUGAUGUCAGGUGGUCUUUCCUCCGAUAAAACCCCAGUGGAAGAUCAACCUAUUCUCUCCAAAGAAGGCAUUAAAAAAGGACCCCCAGCAGCAAAGAUUCGCAUGACAGUAUCAUCUGGAUUUUAUGUUCGAUCAUUAUGCCAUGACUUAGGUGCAGAUUUAGGAUCAGCGGGAUUGAUGUGUAGUUUGGUUAGGGUCAGACAAGGGCAAUUUGAAUUGGGAAAGAAUGUUUUGGAGUAUGAUGAACUGGUAAAGGGUGAGGGUGUUUGGGGACCACAAGUUGAGAAAUUUUUGGAUGAGUGGAAUGGAGAGACGGCUGCGGAGACGGUUCCAGAAACGGCUACCGAGCCACCUGUAGAAGAGACUCCUAAAAUGGAGAUUGAAAUGAAGUCCGAGACGGUCGAGGAUAUAAAAAAGGAGGUUGAGGGCGGAGAGGUUGCAAAUGAGGCUGAGGCGAAGGAUGAGACGGUCGAAACGAAGGAAGAGAGGAUUGAUGCAUAGAGGCUAGGACUUUGAAUGCGCUAAUAUUGCUAUAUAAUCCAAGAUUCCGCUGCAUUAGUGGGCCCUUGUUUUAAGGCUCAGUCGGCACCUAAAGGGAUAUCUACUGGCGUCGGUGCGGAAACUCUACCAGUUGUAUUAUACGAGCAUUUCAGAAGAAAUAGCCCUGAUCAGCGACAGAGGCAUGCAUAUAAAAUAGAACCGCCAUCGAGAUAGAAUCUACCAACAUUUCACUUUCCAGAUAUUUUUCAAU